GCUGAGAUAAGUUUAGGUCUGCUGAUUGAGCGGUCGCACACGUCUAGCGCCAACUUCAGCGCCGUCUCCAGCGCCAUCUCUUCUGCGCCAUCUCUCUCGCGCCAUCUCUCCCGCGCUAUCUCUACCGCGCCACUUGCGGCAUCAUCUCCAGCGCCAUCUCGAGUUCAGGGGACGGAGCUACGCCCAUUCCUGCGCACAGCCGUACAGUCACGCUGACAGUAAGCGGUCGUCGUCGGGCGAGCCUGGCGCGUGCCGAUCAUUGCAGGCUUUUUGCAGCCAUUUCCGCGAGAUCUGUUUUUUUUUGAAGGGUGCGUGCGAGGGAAGGUUUCUGCUUGCUGGCAGUGCGAGGGAGCCAGGGGGCCAAACUUCUUAUCGCGAAGAUGCCUCGUUCUUCGAAGGGAAGAUCAGGUGGAAUGAUGAGGCGGCCUGCACCUCCCCCAGCUCCUCGUCCAGUGGCACAGGCUCCCCCGCCUGCUGUUCCCCAAAGGGAUGGAGGAGGCUCGCUUCUUGGCGGCAUUGGCUCGACAAUUGCCCAAGGAAUGGCGUUUGGAACUGGGAGUGCUGUGGCGCACAGAGCAGUUGAUGCUGUGAUGGGUCCAAGAGGUGGUGGUGCAGCACCUGCGGCUGCUGCUCCGGAGCCUCUUGCAGCUUCAUCGCCUUUCGGGGGUCAGACAGUUGAUGCGUGUGCUAAUCAGGCGAAGGCAUUUCAAGAUUGUCUGGAGCAUAAUGAUUCUGACAUUGGGAAAUGCCAGUUCUAUAUUGAUAUGCUCACUUCCUGCAGACGCAAUGGGACCAUGUUGCAGUCGUAACGAGGUAUCAACAGUCUUUGGGGUUACCGACACCGGAAUUGCUAUAAGAUGUGGGAGCUCUGAUCUGUCUGUCAUUCUUGAAGAACUUCUGUAUGGCAUCGUUUCGAAUGCCUGCUGUUGUAUCGGAAAGCCUACCCACUCCGUUUUCUCAAGACCUGUGCUUCCCUGUUAGCUUUGGUGAUAUUGAACUGCGGAGACUCUGGCGAGGAGGGGCGUGGCAUCUGGAGAUGGACGCGUUUGUGGAUUUUAGUGUGAUGUUGAAGCCUUCCGGUGACGGGAUACCCCCCCAUCGCGGAGGACGCUUUGCAUGGGGAUUAAGUGGGUGAAAAGGCAACAAACUACUUCAUGUUUCAUGUAUUGUUUUCAAGUUUGUAACAAUAUUGUCGACUUCGCAAUCCUCGAUUGUUGAACCUUCUCAUUCAUGGUGUCAAAAGGCAUGUUUGUUUCCCUGUGUGUUUAUUGAGUGUAAAUACUGCAUUCCUUCCAGUCGGGGGUCUCCCAGGGCAGUACCUUCUCAGCAACUGCAGCUGGGCUUUCCGCUUCUCAGCAGACCUCUAUUUAACUAUCCUAUCCCUCUGGCCUGUUCUACUCUGAACCUUUUCGAUCUCCAUGGUCUGGCACCCUAGGCGGACCAUUGUACGUGUGUGCAUUCUCUCUCUCUCUCUCUCUCUCUCUCUCUCUCUCUCUAUCUCUAUCUCUCUCUCUCUCUCUCUCUCUCUCUCUCUCUCUCACACACACACACACACACACNUCUCUAUCUCUCUCUCUCUCUCUCUCUCUCUCUCUCUCUCUCACACACACACACACACACACACACGCACGCACACACAGGCGUGCGAACACGUUCACACACACACACACAGACACACUCGCGCGCACACACACACAGGAUUGCGAGGUUGGUGUGAGUAAAGUCGACCACUUUUCUCAGGGGUGUCAGAAACUCUGGGCGAUGUGGUGAGUCCUUGUCCAUCAGUCAAAUGAAUCCUGGGUAGACUGUCGGGGUUCAACCUCCUGAUGAGCCGGUGAAAGUCCGACGAAACGAUCUGGCACUCUUAUGCUUCUUAAGUGUAUAGUGAAUAUGAUGACACACGCACACACACAGGGGCACUUAUGCACAUUCUCUCUCUCUCUCUCUCCCUCUCUCUCUCUUUCUCACUCUCUCUCACAAACAUACACAGAUGCAUGCGUGCACGUUUUCUCAUCUCUCUCUCUCUCUCUGUGUGAAAGUCCGAUGAAACAGUCUGGUGCAGUCAUGUUUUUUUCGAGUGUAUAGCGAAUAUGACAAAACACACGCCCAAGCACACACACACACAUACGGGAUUUUCGUGGUAUAAUAUUUGUGAAUAAGAACAAUCUUAAACCUAUAAAGAAAGUACAUGGAUCUAAUUUGUAUAUGCUCAUUCCUUCAAUUAUACUUUCUUUGCUAAGUUCCGUUUUUUUUCUCUUCUAGUACAUGACUAGGGGCAUGCCCUGAGACAGACCCCCGGUAAAUUGCCUGGCGGGUCAUGACUAGGGACUUUUCCUCUUUUUUUUUUAUUGUGGUCCGAUGGACCACGGAUCAGAUAUUAAACCGAUCAGAACAGAUACUACACUUGAUCUUACUUAGCCAAAAGGCCGAGAAAGAUACAGGCUGGAAACCGAAUCUCUGUACUUUUCCUCUCAGCUUGAGGUUGCAUGAUGCCUGAUGAAAGUGUAUAAACUAGAUCCGCCGAAGAUUUGCAAGCCUCAGGAUCCAGCUCUUCAUCUGCUUCUUAUCAUUUGGCCACAAGUGAAACAUCCAGUUGGGUACACAGUUGCAGUGCUCCUGUCCUUUGCUUACAGACAAAGGCUGUGUCUGGUCACUGUGCUGCUCCCAUUGCGUCGGAAACAUAGGUUCUGCCACCGGUUGGCAGUUACAGAGGGACCAUAGAGAUUUUGGUGAGCGACUGUCCCAUGCUGUGACGUCUUGGGUCUGGGUCUUGUAUGAACUUAGUGGCCUCGUUAUUGACCUAGACAAUGAAGAGGACGACUUCCCACAUGGACAUGUCUAUCCGGUGAAGCAGGAAUUCAUCAACUUACGUGCUAUCUAUGUGCAGUGUUAGUAUGAUUCCUAUCAAGGACCUAGCAGGAAUUCUUCCCUUUGAUUUCUUCUGUCUAUUGUCCCGGAAGCUUCCCCUCCUCCCUCCUGCCUCCCCGACAUAUCUUUAGGGCACUUGUUAUCAUGCAACGGCAACUCCCCUGCUUCGAACUUCUCGAAAAACUCCUUCGCUAAUUUGCCUGAGGGAGGGUCACAAGCUUAAGGUGGCUGAAGUACAAGUCAGUUCAACCGCUUGUUUUCGAAUUGCAUAGAUGAC